AUGGCAUAUUUACUAACCCUCCAUGGUGGUGCAAAUAGUAAUAGUAUUAGACCACUUGGAAUUAAGGCUCACUCAAUGAUUCAUAAGCCCUGUCAUAAUUCAACCAAUGAGUUUGGAAGUACUUGUGGAUAUCAUGGUUGGUCAAGGCCAUUUAUGAAUCAACAACGUGGAAUUGGAAAGCCAAUGAUGGAAAUUUUCAACGAAAUAGGAUUAUUAUCAUCACGAAAAAGUGUUGGUAGAUUCCAAGGGGUUAAAAGUGACAUGCUCAAACAAGGAGCUCCUUUGAAUUUGGAGAGUAAUAAUCAAGAAGGGGAGAAGCACCUUGACUUAUCCUUAAAGAUCUAA